GAUAAACAAGCAUUCGGCCAUUUUUAUAAAGUCUGCUUAGUAUUUAGACGUUCCAUCAAAAGUUCGACCUAUGCUGAUAUAAAAUGGACUUAUACCAAUAAAUAAACACGAUGAACCUCUGACCUGUGUGGAUACCGACUUAAAAGGACGAGUACCAUGUGGCGGUUUUGGAUAUUUUUGUGUAUACUGUUUUUGUUAUCAAUUAUGUGUUCUUACAGAGCUCCGAUAUACUUCCUUCAAUUUUGUGGACAAGAAUUUUACCAAGGUUUACAACAUGAGGCGAGUAUCUGGAGUCGAGUUUGGGUGAUUAUCCUGGUGGAAUUAACGCUACACUGUGCUUCGUAUUUCUUUGGCGAAUUUUUUGGUGGUGGACGUCUCGAGACUAAGUCCAAGCCAGUGGUGAAAGCGAACGCGGUCACACAGACAACUGGACAGUGGCUGAAGAAGUUCCGACGACAGGACCGCAUUCACAGUGAAGUGUCGCGUAUUGUCCGACAGGAGGUACGGAGAACGAGAAAACAUCGCCUUACUCUGAUCAAAAAGUAUAAAUUUAAAUCGUCAAACAUAAAAAAGGAGAAGGAGUCCAAGACCAAACUGAUGGCGAGUGUCAACAAAAAAGUGAUGUCCCUGGCCCUGGAAAUUGACGGACUAAUUAACCGGAUUCAAGAGAAGCGCUUUAUCCUGGACAGACAGCGGGAUGACAACAAGCGCGUGCUCCAACGCUACGAACAACUGUACCAAGAUAUCCAGAAUCGAUACAUGUACGAGUGACAGAACUUGUUUCUCACAUUUCUGUGUUAUUUAUCUUUUUAGCGGGAAUGGAGGCGGGGUGGCAUAUUGGGAAUUGGUAUGCUUUCACAAUGAAUUGGAAACUGUUCAUUUGACAACGUUGAAUAUUUGUCUCAAAAUAUUUUUGUAAACGUAUUUAUAUUUUGUUUGAUAUGCGUUUUAUUUACACAUUUAUUAUUGAACAUUUUAUACAAUGUACAUUUUAUAUUUUUUUGGUGUAAUAUAAUAACAAAUAGUCUCUGCAAUAAAUAAUUGCCAAUUUGGAAAACAAAAUAGACUGAAAUUUAUUUCAUGCGGUGCAUUUUGCAAAAACAUGGUUUCUUUAUCAGCACAUAUAUAAUUGUAAAUAAUAAACAUCGAACACUGUAUGCGAAAAUAAAGAGAAACAAUUACCUAAAA